GGACCAGAAAAGAGGGAAAGGGGGCGGAGAAGAGGAGAGGGACAGGGAGGGAUCGCUGCAAGAAAUAGCCUACGGAACGGAAGAGGUUCUGGAUCACGUGGAGGAUAAGGAACUGCUUUCUUUUAUCUCUUGGGGAGGAUCCAAGGAAGGAAUCGAUCGGCGAUCGAUAUAUCCGGGGUUGAGAUCAUAGCGAUGACGGGAAAUUAGAGGAGGGAAAGAGCAGGGAAAAGGAACGAGGCUGAAGGAGAGGAUGGAGACUGGUACACCUCUCUAGAUCCAGGUACAGCAACCCUAGUUCCUCAUAUCUGUAUGAUUUCUUUAGGUUCUCUUGCAACUCGAGUUUGCGCGAGGCAAAAGGGAUUUGGUGCCAGAAGCUGCUAUAAUCUGCCGAAUUUGGCUUCGAUGAUCAGUUUCCUUGCGUGUCGGAACAGGUUUUUGGUUUCUUGGUCACAGGGAUAGGGGAAACGUGGUCUUUGACUGUGGGGCAUAGAUAUGCCCGGAUCGGAAUCUGCAAUCUAUCUCUUGUACAUACUGAUGAUCAUGGGCUUGGAUCUGCUUUUGGCAACGCCUUCGCCUUCUUCGCGAUGUACUUGUCAUGGGACCCGGUUAAGGACUGCGCGGUUGGAUGAUCAGCUGUUCUUUGCGUUAUCAUUUCGUCUCUCGGCAUGUGUCUUUACCAAGGUUUUAGAAGAUUUAGGUUUCCAGGCCACGAGGCUGCUGAGAUUGUUUUUACCAGGCUCCUGCUUCUUGUAGAUCUUACCAUUUACCACAGCAUGGCCAAGAUCUACCUUUGAUCGAUCAGUUUUAGGCAUUGACUUGGGUCUGAAUCUGCUGCCUUUGUGAUCAUCUGCUAUUUUGGCCUACAAGGGCUGAUUGGUUUUGUUAUUUUUUAACAGAUGGGAUUGACAUUGCUUCUGGUGCCAGGCAUUGUUUCUUGUCCUCGAACAGCCUACUUACUGGUUACCUAGAUCAUGUUAGGGUUCACAGGAUUGAAGAAUAAUUAUCAGGAUGCUUUGAUUCUUAUUGCCCUUUUUCAAACAACUACAUAAUAUUUUAUUUCUGCAACAUGAUCCAGAACAUCUCUGAUGCUCAUGGACUUUUUGUCCAUAUCACUCUGGAAUUUAUGAACAUUCUCUCAGUAGGUGGGCCGAGUAUUCAGCACUUUGCAUCCUUCUUUUGGAUACCAGCCUUCCUAAUUAGGGAGCAUUUUAUUAAAUUGCUUGUGGAGGUGUUUGUUUUAUUAAGAAGGCAGAAAUUUGGAGCAUUGUUGAAUUCAUAUAUUAUUGAUUUUGAGGAAGACAUUAGAUUGUUGCACAACCUUCUCUGGAAGAUAGUUUGUACUAUCCUUGAACUGGAAGAUUAAGUUCAGAGCACUUAUGCACAAUUAGCCUAAUCUCACAAGACUUGUUAUCAGCCGUUUGUCUUUUUCACCAUUGAUUAGUCAGCUUUUGAACGGAAAUAUACACAUUUACAUGAUGCCAGAGAUUCAUUUAUAUCCUUGUGCUGUAUAGCAUAUCUCCAAAGUUGAAACCAAGGAUCAGUAUCUGCAAGACUUUUUUUUGGCACAUCCGCUCAAGAAUUUUGUAUCACUGGGAGAUAUGCUGAAUAACAUUGGAAUUGAAUUUCCAGGAGCUAUAGAUUCUAACUUGAACUGGGCGAUAGCUGAGAGUGGCAAGCAAUGGGCUGUUAAACGAGCUAGAACUUCAUUUUCUGGAGGGAGAAAGAAAAAGUCGGGUAGCAUAAUUUCCAAAGAGACUCAAGUGAUCUUGGAUAAGCAAUCCAAUGGAACAGGAGAAAUGCCUCUCUCUGAUUUCGAGAAGGUUGGUGUCAGUAUUCUUGGGCAACACUUCAGUGAUUCCCUCAAGAUUGUUCCUAUUAAGAAAAGGAAACUCCUGUUUGCUCGAUCUCCAUCAUCUCCAUUGCAAUCAUCAUAUUCAGAUUAUUCUGAUCAUUUAUUAGAGGGCCAGUCUUCUUCUGAGCCAUUAGCAUAUGACAAUGACCAUGAUAAGAGAUUUGUUGACAACAGAGAACCCAUUUCAAAACAUGCGAUUGAGCUUAGUGCUGCUGAUUUCUCAGGUAUCUCUAUAUUGGCUGCUGCUGCCUGCAAUUGUGAAAUGGUGGGUCAAGGCUUAAAUUCAGGUUACUUAGUCACGACAGAAAAUUCUUUCAAGGAAAUCAAUUUAGAAUCAACCAGUGAUGAAAAAACACUUUCUUUAUGUCAAAAGGAGCUGCAAUUACAGCCACAUGAAGAUUUACAAGGCAAUAGGCUGGAUAUGGUAACUCAUUCAACUGCAGUUUCUGUAGAUGAAGAGAACUUUCGUGAAUCACAGAACAAAAACAGCUCCUUGUUGCAAAAUGUUCAUGAUAACAUAAAAUCUUCCUCUGUUUCUAGGCUUCACUGGGACCUUAACACUGAUAUGGAUGCAUGGAAUAGCAAUUGUGAUGAUCUUGCAGUCUCUGAGUCAAUUAUUACUUAUCCCUUAUGUGAAAAUGGGGAACUUGAUGAGAAGUUGGAAGGUAGUGAAAUUCAUCAACAAGAACAGGAAGAUGGGGAAAAUAGAUGUCCUUCAGAACUUGGCAAGAUCUUGGACAUUCGACAGUACAGCCCUCUUAAAGAGGCAUCACCAAAACCUGAUAUAGGUAAUUGUUUGAUUGUUAAUCAUGAGAACACCCACUCUUUUGCUAAUUCUGAUAAUUUGGUUAAAAAGAUGCAUUCCUUGGAUGAUAUUACUGUUUCUUUAGUUAGCUCUACUGAGGAAGCAAAACUCAUGCAUGGUACUCCAGGGAUCAACAUUUGUGGUGCUGAAGUUAUUUCUUCAGAAGUUGGUAAUGCUCUUGGCUCAUUGAGAGACGGUUCAUUGGCAAUUGAGGCUACCCAAAAAGAAAAGGAUAAGAUGGGUUCUGGCUUGGAGGUGAAAGUUGAACCAGUGCUUUCUCAUUCUCCUUUAAAUGAGAAUGUUACUUGUGACAAUGAUGCUAAGUCUCUUUCAAGCAUGAUCCAGUUGAUCUGCAAGCCAAUCUGUAAUGAAAAUGUAAAUAUUAUAGCAUCAAGUUCUGAGAAACUCCCUGAUGAUCAUUGCCUGACUAAUAGUGUAGGAGAGAUUUCUACAUGCAGCUCUCUGAUCAAGGAGCAUGGAGUUCUAAAUACUUCUGUAGAGAGUAGUGAUCGACACCUUCUGGUUGCAGGAUGUGGCACCUCUGGUGGAACAAUACAUUCUGAUGAAUCAGAUGGCUUCAAUGGCAUCUGCGUUGAUAAGUCUUCUGGAGCAAUGUGCCCAAGACCAUCAUUAGUUAGUCAUGAACACAAUAGCCCUGGGACAUGUGACCCUCAUGAGCAGAAGUUUGGAGUGGCAUUUGCUGCUAAGUGUGAAAAUAUAAGAGAAGCUAUGAUGGUCGAUGAUGAUAAUUUUGUUGCCCCCAAACCCCUUAUCUAUGCUACUGUUACAGCUGUGCCAAAAUCCUUUGAAUAUGUAGCUGAUGCUAAGAAAACAGACGAGUCAUGCAAAAGCAUCAAGGACAAUUGUCAAAAUUUCCAUGGUGACCAUGACUCAGAUAAGUUUCAAGCUGGUGAUGUUGCCACUGAACCUGAAAAAAGCAACCUUGUUGGAGAUGAUGAUUCUCAAUUUGAGGAUGGUGAAUUUAGGGAAUCUGUUCUACACAGUUGGGGUGAAGAUGUUGAUGAAAUGGAAUUUGAACAUGUGGAUUAUGGGUCUGACAAUGGGGAGAAUGAUAUCUCUCAAGCUGUUUCUGUCUUACCUUCUCCUACCACUUUCUCUAUGGAGAACAUGACAUUCAAAGCCAGGAGCAUAGCCAAUGCUGAUGAAGCGUGUGCUGGAAAGGAUAAGCAAGUCAUUUUUUCUCAGCAACCCUUCUCUAGAUGCAAAUCCAUGCCAGAUGGUCCAGAUGCAGGAGAAGUGAAGAGAAUUCCUGCUGAUAUUGAUCAGAAAAGUCAUUCUACAAAUAAUAAUAACGAAAUGGAAAGAGAUCAUACUGGAUGUAAUAAUGAAUGUGACAACGGUAGGGAACCUUUGGCAAAUGUGAGGAUGAAGUCAUCAGGAUGGGAUCGGCUGCCAGAGGGUGGUAGGCAUACUGGAGAUAGCCUUUUGGAUCAAGGGAUUGCUGCUACUAGGCUUGGCGUUCCUUCUGGUGCUUUACAUUUGUUUAUUGAAGAUGAAUCAUUUAGAAGAUCUGGUUCAUCUUUUAAGGGAGCUUUAUCAUCUAGAGUUGAGGCACCAAAUUCCCCAGAUGAGACAUGCAGAAAAGAUAAAUUAUAUGUCAGAUUAAGCAGGUACGGUGGACAUAAUAAUCUUGAAGAAAAAGUUAAAAGAAAUGCUACUCAAAACUCAUCAGGGUGGAGCGGAUCAUCUGGACAUGCUCAAGACAGAGUCAGGGAUGACCAUUGGUUUGAUUCUCCACAUUCUCGUGGUUCCAGAUAUCAUGAUUCACCAGGUUACUAUGAUGCACAAAGUUUUGUGCGACCUUCUUCAAGGAAUGCAGCUGCAGCUGCUGUCGCUAAGGUAGAGAGUAAUGGGUUUGUUGUUGCACCUGAUGGAACCUUAGUGAAGUCAGGCAGUGCUACAUCUGUUAGCCGUGUGCCCAAAAAACCGGUGAAUGGGUCUUUGCAAAGGACCCAUCCAUCUUGGUGGGGGCCACAAGCUGAGAGAGAUCAUCCAUGUGGGCUACAAAGAAGACUCCAAAAUUCAAGGGAUAUAAGCCCUGAUAGGCACUUCAAUGUUGGUAGGGGGCAGGGUGGUAGAUAUGCUCACGAACUAGACAGCAAUCAAUAUGGAAGAUCUAUUCCUCAUGACAGAACAGAAUCAUCCCUAUCAGGGCACCGUUUGUCCACAAGAGAUCGAAGUUACUCUCCUGACAGAAGACCUCUUCGUCUUCCUCAUUCUCACAUCAUCUCUCAUUCUAGAUCUAGAACUCGUUCACCUAUUCGUUGCACAUCUCCUAGGGCAAGAAAUGAUAUGGAGGCGAAUGAUGUCCCCAGUUUUCGCAGGCACAGAAGGUCUCCAGUAGCCAGAAUGGAGAGAAUGAGAUCACCCAACUCUAGGAAUAGUUUUGAGGAGGAGAUUUUUUUUUAUGACUCUGCAGCUCUUACAUCCCCUUCGCAUUCUACAAGAUGGAUUGAUGAAAGGAAAGAAUCACCCAAUCAUCUAAAGGAGCAUGGCUACAGGCAAAGUUCUGGUAGAAGCCCAUCUACGAGAGUGUAUAAUGAUCAUAGGUUUCGUUCCAUCGAGUCCCAUGGAAGAUCAAAGCCCAAUGAUUACUUUCGCUCUCCUCAGUCAAACAGAAAAACAGCAUACGCUGAAUUCAGCAAGGGAUACAAGUAUGAUAGUAGUAAUGAUAGAAGGGGACAUGAUGGCAGAGAAAACUAUCUUCGUUCCAUGAGACAGUAUGAUGACAAUAAGAAGCACAUAAGGUAGGUUGUUAAGGGUGUUUUCAAGAUCAUGACUGUGGGAAUUCAUGAGGUUUCAGCAACUAGGGAGCCUACAGAGUUCUAAGGAGAGCAUAAAUCAUUUAUGUACGACAGUUGUGCAUAUCGUACAAUGUGUAUUUUGCUUCUGCUUGUCUGGACAACAGAGAGGUCCAUUAAUACUUUUUUUUUCUUUCAAGGUAAAGGCACCUCAAAGUUGCUUCUUCAUCUGUCCACCUUGUAAAACCAUUGCAAUUGUUAGUCGAAAUUUUCAAUUUUUGGGAUUUAGGUGCUGACCUUCAUUUUCUAUUUUUUUAUAAAUUAUGUUGGACCAUUUUGGGUGGGUUGUACUCUCUUUAUUAUCUCACUGAAAUAUGACUAGUUACUGAAA